GGCUGGCGGCGGAGGCUCUCCCGGCGCGGGCUGCAGAUGUCGGAGCGGCGGUUGGCCGAGAGGCCGGGCCCCUGGAGCCCCGCAGUGGGCCGAGGGCCGGCGGGCGGCGGCGGGGACGGCCCGGGCGUGGAGGGGAGCCAGGCGGCCGCCUCAGAGAAUGAAGAUCUAGAAAACACUAAGGUCACCUCUCCAGUGGCUCCUGCCUCUGAUCCAGAACCCAAUUCCUCAUCCUACAGGCCACAGAUGGUAUCUCCAGGGAGUGAGGAUGCCGCUGAAGAUCUGCGGAAAGCAGCCAGUGCCUUGGAGGCUCAGGCCCUGGUGGAACAGGAAGUGCUGCCUACAGACCAGGCCCAGGUCCUCAACAAGAUGGCCAAGUAUCAAGUUCCACAAAGGUCUGGGGACAUCGUUAUGAUCCAGUCUGAGCACACGGGAGCUAUAGAUAUUCUUUCAGCUGAUUUGGAAUCUGCAGAUCUUCUGGGGGACCACAGGAAAGUCUCCCCACCUCUGAUGGCUCCUCCGUGCAUCUGGACCUUUGCCAAGAUGAAGGAAUUCAAAAGCAAGCUGGGCAAAGAGAAGAACAGCCGUCUGGUGGUGAAGCGGGGUGAGGUGGUGACCAUCCGGGUUCCUACCCAUCCAGAGGGGAAGCGUGUCUGCUGGGAGUUUGCGACCGAUGACUAUGACAUUGGCUUUGGAGUUUAUUUUGACUGGACCCCUGUAACCAGCACUGACAUAACUGUGCAGGUCAGUGAUUCCAGUGAGGAUGAGGAUGAAGAUGAGGAAGAGGAGGAGGAGAUUGAAGACCCUGUCCCAGUUGGAGAUGUGGAGAGAGGCUCCAGGAGCUCCCUGCGAGGUCGCUAUGGGGAAGUCAUGCCUGUGUACCGGCGGGACAGCCACCGAGACGUGCAGGCUGGCAGCCACGACUACCCCGGUGAGGGCAUCUACCUGCUCAAGUUUGACAACUCCUACUCCCUGCUGCGCAACAAGACUCUCUACUUCCACAUCUACUACACGAGCUGAAGGCUGGCUGGGACGGGAGGCAGGUGGGCGUUGUGGGCUCGAGCAGGCUGCCAGCUGGGGCCUCUUGUUUUGGAUAGGCGAGAGCUAAAAGUUAAGUGUGAGGCUCCUGACCCUCACGCCCUGCCUGGCAUGCCUGACUGUCGCCCCCAUGUAGCUUUUCCCCCUUCUUGGCUUCUACAGGCGGUGGUGUAGUACCCCUGUUCUGUGCUCCCUCACUCAUGCUCUUCUUGCUUCAGACUCCAGCAAAAUCCCUCUCCGAAGGAACCCAUAAGGCAAGAGCCUAAAAGGAAGUCGAGUGUUGUCUUUUAAAAAUGUUUGUUUUGGUACAAGGUGUAUUAUUCGAAUGGCUGCUCCCUCCUCCCCCGGUGCCUUUAUUGCAGACGCGUUUAGUGGCGCCCACUCUCUUCGCUUUUCAGAAGUGCUAGAAGAGGGAAAAGCACAUUGUCCAUGAAGGAACCCAGUCUCUUGGACGGAGGCAGCUCUGUCCAGUCUCUCACCACUGCCAUAUUCCCGCCUGCCGGUUCUUCGUGGUCUCUAGCACAGGCUGGGAGCCCUCACUGCCUUUGGAGGGGUGUUAUCAGUCCCGAUGGUUCGACUCUGCCUCUUUGCCUCCUCUCCUCCCCUUCCUAAGUCUGUCUUUGCCAUUACAGCAAGAACUUCUGUGCAAGCUAAAGUGAUGAUCCAUGUGGUCUAAGAUCUUCUGGGAAGAAAAACUGCCUCCAUCACUUCCUGCUUCAAGAGCUAGUGUCCCUGACCAGGACACUGGUGGUUGACGGGGAAAGGGUGGAAAUUAGGUGCUGGCUUGAUCUCAGAACUCACAUCUUUGAAAGUCCAGUGUUACAAAAUUGUUUUUUUGUAUAAUCAAAGAGAUGGAAGGUUUAAAAAAAACCCCCAAAACAACACUCUAGAUUCCCCACCACUUUUUUUUGUCUUUAGAGUUAGAGGGUUAUUUAGAAAUUUGCUUUGGAACCAAUUAGACUUCCACAGCUUCUGGAUUUGGGUUUCUUGCAUCGAGGGCGUAAAGCUUCAGGGGUGCAGAGUCUCUUCGGAAAGGUGAUAAUGAAGCGGCACUGUUGCUGCUGGUUGGAUUUCUUCUUUGCCAGGCCAAAGCUUGCAUUUCCCUGGUGAUGGCCUUUCCCACUCCAUUCACCCUGAAGCCCAGAGGGCCACAGGGUGCUGCAGCCAGUGGUCACCAGAGCCGCAGGGUCGGGGGUCUCAGGCAGAUGGGGAGGCAGAGAAGGGACCACUGUGGUUGUCUGUACCUCCUUGUUUCUUAUUCCCUGUGUCAAGUCUGUUACUGCCGUAGAAUUUUGAGGAAUAAUUAGAUUUAUUUAUUACUUUAUUUAUUUUUUUAGCACAUUUCAUUUUGCCUUUGGAACACUUUCCAUCUGUUUCUCGGAAGGCUUCCAUCUGCUCUGAGCCAUUGAGACCACCUCUUCUGUGGAGUUAAACAUGAUGAUUUUAGGCGAAGCUGGGAAGUGAUCAUGUUCCAUUCCCGCAGGUCAGUCCUGUGAUGCUUUGGGAGAGUCUGCCCCUUCUGAGAUGGAUCGUGCCAAACUACCCCUGCAUUCCCCAUGAGGAAUUCUAGGUUGUGAGGAAAGCCGCCCAUUCUCCCAGGAUUGAGUGGGGAGGAACUGACUAGCCCAUCAGAGAUAUCCUGUGAUUCCAGGAUUUCAAAGUCCUUUGCCUACUCUGAGGUGUUACCUUCUUCACGAGGUUUCCUUUGUCUCAUUCCUCCCUCGUGUGGGUGCCUCACACCAAGGCUUUCCUCCCUCUAUGAGUAGGAACUCACAGAGCAGGGCUCCUCCAGUAGGUCUGCAGUAGCAUCUCUGUCACGAACAAAGGGCAAUAUGGCCUGCACCUUCCGUUCCCCUGGGUGCAAAGCCUCAAGUAGGAUAGGAUGUUGUGGAUGGCCAUAGCAUCCCCCUGCUCUGAGCAGCAUCGUACAUCCAUUGUUUUAUAUUUGAGUGCAUUUUAUAGAGGAUUACACUGGCCAAAAUUUAUAUACCUUGGAAAAAAUUAGAAAUUAUUUUAGCGAUUGUCUAUUUGGGCGGUAAAAAGCAAACUUGUGUGUCAUCCCGUCAGAUAGCUGAGUGACCACUCUUUCACCACUGAAGUUGAAUCCUGCCUUAGCUAAUUGAAUGAAUCUUUAUAAAAGAAUUUUCUACUGAGCUGUUCUCCAGUUAGCUAAAGCCUUGCUUAAUUUUUCUGUUUAUUAACUUCUGACUUUCUCUUAAAAAGAGCUCACAGGCCACAGCAAGCUCCGUGGGAUAACACUUAUUGUUUAUUUUUGCCAUGAGAUUCUCUGUACUUAUUUUCUUUGGAAUCUUAGUUCUGUUGCAUCAGGGAAGCCUGAGGGACUUGGUCCCAUGGCCUCUGUGUGCCCCUUAUUGUCUGGUCACUUUUGAAGUCUUGGACAUUGUUACAUUUCAUUCUGUACUGGUGUUCACUAACAAUCAGGGUUUCUUUGUUCAAUUAGCACAAAAUAGCUAAGAUAUUUUCACCGUCUAAUUCAUUCGCUAUUCUCAUAAUAAAUUUCUAUAAUUACUGAACUUUAGGGAUAAACUAUUAUUUACUGAAGCACAAGUAAUAAUAUACUGAGAAUAUCACAGCCCAGCAGAUCCUAAGAGGUAGUCAUUUCCUUAGUCUCUCCCAGUCCAAGUUUAUAGAGCCAGAUAGCAAGAUGAAAAUCACUUGCUUUCACCCCACCCUGUUCUCUAGAGCACAAAUAAACAUGAACGUACAAUCGAAAGAAAGCGCAUCAUAGUGGGAGAGAGACUAGAGUUCUCUACACAGAGUGGCUGAGCUCUUAAAUUCCUUCAAUUUCUUUAGUUUUGCUACUUUUUGCUGGAGAUGGGGCUUUUAGAAAGGAAGACAUGUUUAAAGUGUUAAUUUUUUUCCAACAUUUUAUUAUGAAAAAUUUUCAGCAAACAGUAGAAGUCUAUAGUAAACACCCUUAGGUAUACCUAGCACAUCGAUUUUAUAAUGCUAAACUGCUAAUUUUUAAACAAAGAUGAUUCCACAAUUCUCUUGCCUUUCACAGGGGGCAAAUUAGCAUAUGUUCUGUGCACAGACAUCAGGUGUCCUGUGUCAGAGAGCCCCUGGGUUUUAGCAGACUUGUUUCAUUCAAUGUGUAUUAUCUGGGAGGUGGUCCUCAUAGAAAGGUUUCUUGGUCUCCAUCUUUCAAAACUCAUGCUGUGUUUCCUCCCGCCUCAGGCCAUAAUUUUUGCUGUUUUCUUCUUUAACUGGCAUGUCAGCGUGAGGGUAAUUGUGAAGCUGCUCUGGAAGGACUACAAUCUCUGUUGCUUUAUGACACACCCUCAGGACUCUGAAAUUAAAACUCAAUCCUCAGACAAUAUGUAGCUUUAUAAUAGAAGUAGGUAGCAACUUGAAAUUAGGCCAUUCUUAGUUAUUCUUUUCUUCAUUGAUUCAUGCACUUUAAAAGUAUUUUUAUCUGUUAUUUAGUAAAGAAAAUCUCAGACUUUUAAAAAGUAUAUAUUGUCCCUUAUAAUAUGUAUGGAAGAGUUAAAUCUGAAAGCUCUCUGUAUUGUAUUAAUCACUGGGAUUGAAUAUUAUUGUAAAACUUAUCAUUUAUAGAAAGAUCUGAGUCUGUAUGUCUUUUUUUCUUUUUUGCUGAGGAGGAUUUUCCCUGAGCUAACAUCUGUUGCCAGUCUUCCUCUGUUUUGUAUGUGGAUCGCUGCCACAGCAUGGUUGCCAACGAGUGGUGUAGGUUUGUGCCUAGGAACUGAACCUGGGCCACUGAAGCAGAGUACGCCAAACCUAACCACUAGGCCAUGGGACCGGCCCCAAGUUUGUAUGUUUUUGAUGAGCCCUACUCAGUCCCUCUUUGAAAGAGUUAGGUGAAACCCAAACCUACAGUCUGUAUUUUGAUAUUUAUUUUUUAAGACCACUUUUUUGCAAAAGGUUGCCUUUUACCCCCAGAGUGUAUGGGUCUAAGGUACAGAGUUGCGUGACCCUAAUAUUUACAUAAAAGACAAUUGUUUUAGAGGAAGGGGCAUGAGUGAAACAUGAGAACAUGAAGCUUGAGAACUGCCUUUUUAAAUUGAUAGUAAGGAAUGAAAACAGAAUAAAAUGAGGGGAAGAGAGAAAAGCUAUCAAAUGUAUCCUGGAAUUUUUCUCAUAUCCUGAUUUCGUUUAGUUAUUUCAUUUGCAUUUCAUUAGUUGGAAUUGUUCUUUAAGCCAGAAGCCUCACUGGUUCUCAUUGUGCUUGUCUGAGAAACCCCAAACCCACUUUGCUGUCUUUUCCAACAGGGUCGACUUUAGGGGUAUUUUUGAGUAGGUCUCCUCUGCUAAGUGUAAUCCUGACCUGAGCAUUGAUUUCAUCUCUAUAUUCUCUGGAAUUUACAAGUCUGGUGCCAAGAAAAAAGAUGGUGAGAUCAGAAAGAGGCUGGGAGGAGUUCCAGUUGUGUCACUGUAGCCUUGGUUGGUUAUGACUAUGGCCAGGAAAGGGAUGAAAUAGGUUAAUUUUGACCAACAUCACAGAAGAGCCUCAAGCCACAAGAGUAUGUUUGUGAACAAGCUGUGCUCCCUGUAGGCCGACCUCCCUGUGGGGUGUAGGAAUCACCAUCUUCUUUAAUCUGUGUGGGAUGGUCAUACACACAGCAGGAAAUGGAAGCAAAUGACACAGCGUGUUCUCUCUUUUAGAGCUUCCAUUUAGAAUUUCUCCUGGGUCUAAAAGGUCCACAUCAGCCUCUUUAACUAGUCUCUUUCCACUUGGCCAAAAGUGUCGAACUCCUAGAAACCUGAAUCUGCUAGAAAAGGGAAGAGCACCAUCCCAAUAUAAUCUCAGUGAUUGAAAAGAGUUAGAAAGUGAGUUUCUGUCUGAAAAAAAGGUCAUUUCUUUUUUGUUGUUGUCGUUGCAAGGGGUAACUUGUUAAGGGAUGUAUUAACAAGAGAGCAAGUCAUUGUGUGUAGGGAAUGGGUGCCUAAAACCAAUCACAAGCUGGGUGCUUUCCAUCACCCCAGUAUAUCGCAAGUAUCCAUAUGGCCAAAGUCCCAGUCUUCACCUACUUGGGAUCCUAUCCACACAGCUGAGAGAUGGACUAGGCUCCCUCAUUUCUCUGAUGUCUUAAUUGUGGUAUUGUUUAGCACUGGCAGCAUGGUCUCCAGGGCCUCUGGUUACCUGAUUAACCAGAAUUAAAUAAUAGUGUGAGUUGAGUAGAUAAGGCAAUCAACCUUGGUUGGAAGUAGAGCAGGGCAGGGAUUAUGAUUUACAGUUUCAUGUUGGGAUAGCUGAGUGACUCGUGUAUUACCGUGCAAUUGGAACUCUUGGUAACCUUACCAAAUGAGUGAAGAGGAUGUGACAGUGCUGUAUGGAUGAGGACAACAAAUUAAUUGAGUUGAGUAAUAAACAGAGCAAGCUGUCCAUCUCUGGGCACUAUAGUCUGUCACUGGCUGUAAGUGCAGUUUCAUUGUGAGUUUGCAGCUCCUUAGCGUUCUCUGGAGAACCCCCCAAGAGCUGGUUUCUGGUGGCCUCUUUUCGGGGAAUGGGGGGAGGCACCCGGGCGGGAACUGCUUUGGCUCAGUUGGUGCCCGGUGAUGGUCAGUGGCACCCCUUUGCUUUGUCUAACCUGUCCAGCACCUGUGGGCGCUCCUUUAACAUUGAUCCAGUUAUUUAGAUUAUGAGGUUGGGCAGGAUUUGGGACCUAAAGUGUGAGAAAAACUUUGCUAAGUGUUGUGUCGCCGGAUUUGAGAAAUCACUUCUCCAUCUGAAGUGUUGCAUUGUCCCUGUCUGAACCACGAAGGCCACAUACACCCCUCCUGUUUAAAUCUCUUGUCGCUAAGCUAGGAAAACCCAAUUGCCUAAAGCCCCCAUAGUGGGGUUCAUUCACAAAUAGUCAUUUUCUCAAAAACUAAGUCCAAAGGCAAGGCGCUGGCUUUGAAAGUAUUUGUGGUUCUGGUCACUGGUUUGAACUCAUGAUCAGAUUUCUAGUAUAUGUGCUUUGAUUUCUUUCAGUCCCCAAGCGUGUUGACUAGAGUUAAUUUCAUGGCUUUUCUUCAAUCUAAGAGAUGAAGAAAAGGUGCCCCAGAAAUCUAGAGAGACAGUCUUCUUUAUUAAAUUCCAGUUUUCUGUCACUUUAAGCAGGUGGUUUUGGCUUAUGUAGGGGUAAAAUAAUAUAUGUGAAAUGACUUCUGGGGGACAAAGUACAUUUGCUGAAAGUUCUGAUAUAGGGUCAUGAUUAAUCCUAAAGUUUUAGUUUGAAGUAUUCUAGUAUAUGGGAUUACAGAAGAGCCCUUAACUUACAGUCAGUUUAAGGAGCUCUCUUCCUGAAUUCUCUUCCUCACUCAGGUUUGAAAUACCUCUGUGUAAAAAUGUUCCUUGUUAUUGGUUGUUGUUGUUGGUGUUUAGGUUCAGGCCAAGAAUCAUCUGGAAAACAUUAUCUUCAUUCCUUCUCUUAUGUCCUAAGCAGUACAUUUUACUAAGAAAUUCCAUAUUAAAUACUCUAGUAAGAUCCCUUUCUGAGAUUAUUGUCCCAUAAAUGAAUUUGUUUUCAUUUAAUAAGUUGAAUUAUUUCCAUUUAGCCAUAUUCAAGAGCAGAUAAAGUCUGGAGAAAGCAAUUUUGUGACCCAUGACUCUGGUGUACCCAUUUUCCCUUAAUAAUGGGAAGUGUUUUGAAAUUCCCAGAAGAAAGCUGCUUUGUAAUCAAAGCAAUGGAUUAUAAGAAAGCCAGACUUUUGGAUAAUUGGAAUAGAGGGAGGUGCUUGAAGAUUCCCUAAACUACUUUAUGCCAUUUACUUACAUUUCUGAAAGGCCUGCUUUGGUGCCAUGCACUGAGAUCUAUCAGUUGACUGAAAGAUAAUCAUGUUUUCUUGGUAAAUGUUUAAACAACUGACAACCACAAAGGCCUUUCCUUAUUGGUCUAUAUCAUGCACUGAUGCAGACAUUACAAAAAUGGGUCCAGAAGGGAAUAUCACAGUCUUUUCUUUAAAAUACAAAAGUAUCCCAGCCAAUCAUUUAUUACAGUCAACUUGUUUUACAUGUCCCCCAUCAUGAGAAAUGCUGUCAACAUCUCCUAUGAUUUCUAAGUUGAGAGCUCUGUACCAAAUGUUAUUUAAUCCUUAUGUCCUGCUGAGUGGUUUUGCCUUUAAAAUAUAUUUUACCACCCUGUGGCACUGAAUGUGUUGCUGUGAUACACAGAUAAUCCUGAGCUAUGGUUCUUUAAAUAGUUCUGUUCUUGUGUUUUUAUAUUAUGUAACAGUUUUGUGAUGCUUUUGUGCAUUCUUUGUCUUCUCUUCCGAGUUUUGAAAUCUAUCAUAAAUAAACUUUUUCACUAUGCACCUGAAA